UACAGGCAUAACAUCAUCUCACACUCAGAAAAACGCCUGUUGGGACAACAAUUUGCAAGUCUGUGAUGUCAACAGAAACUUAUUUGAUUAGCUGAUACUCAGGAUAUUCUGGGAACUUUCUGUCCUGCAGAACUGUUCUGUGUUCAGCCAAGUCCAGCGCGCUGACCUGAAAUGAAGUGCAUUGUUUAGUUUUGUUGUGGAAAUGGUUACCUGGUAAGUGAAUGCUAUCGCUUCAUUUCUAAUUUGGGAGCAAGAUUUUGAAUUUACCGAAAAGGUCAAACCACAGUUUACAAUUUCCCCAAGGUCAUUACCAAUAUGAGCAAAUGAAUGGACUGCAAUUAAUGACAUUUUGAGCGCUACAUCCCUAUAACAAUGAAUGGAAGAACAUGUAAUAGAAGCCACCAGACAUCAUGUAUACCAGAGGGUCCUGGCAUGGUCAAUGGGCAGCAUAUUCCCCUUAUCAGGGUACAUUCAGGUACACCAUGCUCUCUUUCCAACAGAGCAACACCUAGUCCUGCAACUGGAAAUGUAUCCAAUAAUGUCCUUGUAAAAAUACCACUGAGCAGUGCACCUCAUUCUGGGACAGUUCCUCAGAUCAACAGAAGUGAAAACACCAUUCAUCUUCCAGCUUUAAGCCUGAGGAGACAUGUGGUGAUUAAUGGGAAACCCACCUUCCCAGUUCCACAGCCACCAGCACCUCCAAAAGCUUGUGACUUUGGGAGCAGCUUCCCGAACAAUGAAAUUAAAGGAAGCCUUGGCUAUGGCCCACAGUGCAAAGCCAUUGGGAAAAGCAGCUACAACAACUUAGUGGUCACAAGCAGCCCCAUGAUGGUCCAAAGAUUAGGGCCUAUUUCUCCUGUUUCCAGCCAGGUGACAGCUGCAGGAAAUGACCUCAGCCCCAGCCUCCAGCAGCCCAUGAAUCCUCCCAAUCUUGUCAUCCCACACUCAGGUGCAAGGUCCCUCUUGUCACGUGAGUCAUUGGCCUCAACUACUCUGAACCUCUCUGAAAGCCAGUCAACUUUGAGUGUAAAACAGGAGUGGCCUAAUCGCUACCGGAUCCUUCCCUCCCUACCUUCGCAAAAUGUCUAUAACAAUGAAAGUGAACUGGGGGAGUUACUGAGCAUCCCUCCAGGGACCGCAACGUCCAACACCAGUGUUGCCAACUCCCUGCCCUCCUACCUCUUUGGGGGAGACAGCCCCCAGCAUUCAGCCUGGUCUCAGACAGCCCGUUCCAAGAAAAGGGCACUCUCCCUGUCUCCACUGUCAGACGGAAUUGGCAUUGAUUUUAACACCAUCAUCCGCACAUCCCCCACCUCAUUAGUAGCGUACAUCAAUGGUUCCAAGGGCUCACCUGCCAACAUCUCUCCACAGCCAGAAGUUUAUGGGCACUUUCUAGGGGUAAGGGGCAGCUGCAUUCCCCAGGCUUGUUUAAACCCAGGCUCCCAAAGGCAUUUCCAGUUGGCCAAUAGUGUUCCCCAACUGCAGUCCUACAGUGAGCAGCCUGGAGCUGAGUACCAGAGGAUGCAGCAGCUAGAACAGGGUAACCUUCAGUACACUGUUAUGAACAACAUGGUUGUCCAACAAGGAAUUCCCCUUAUUGAAAGUAAGCCUCUGGGUUCAGUGUUUAAGAGUGAGCAAAUGGACACCUUCUCACACAUUACCCCCACUAUGGACAUGUCUGCACCCCCUCAGGGCCCCCCACCCCCUUACCAUUCCCACCAACACUUGCAACCCAAUGAUGUCUUAACGCAACAUCCACACCACCCCCCUAACCAUCUUUACCAUGGCCUACCUUCCUCUCAGCUGUUAGAAGAAGAUGGGGAGCUGGAUGACUUCAAUGGUAAGCACUGUUGCCGAUGGAUAGACUGCAGUGCUGUCUAUGACCAGCAGGAGGAGAUGGUCAGACACAUUGAGAAGGUGCACAUUGACCAGCGGAAAGGGGAGGACUUUACCUGCUUCUGGGCUGGCUGCCCUCGGAGAUACAAGUCUUUUAAUGCCCGUUACAAGCUGUUGAUACACAUGAGGGUGCAUUCUGGAGAAAAGCCAAACAAUUGCACGUUUGAAGGCUGCAAGAAAGCAUUUUCCAGGUUAGAAAACCUCAAGAUACACCUCCGGAGCCACACGGGAGAGAAACCUUACCUCUGUCAACACCUUGGCUGUCAAAAGGCCUUCAGCAAUUCCAGUGAUCGAGCAAAACAUCAGAGAACUCACCUGGACACAAAACCCUAUGCAUGUCAGAUUCCUGGCUGUGCUAAGCGCUACACUGAUCCAAGCUCCUUGCGAAAACAUGUAAAGGCACAUUCCUCCAAAGAACAAGCCAGAAAAAAGUUACGACCCCGCACUGAAUUAGGGCAGGAUAUCCUCUCUGAUUGCCUCACUAUCCAGCCUCUUCAGCCUGGCAGUUCACCAAAUGACACAGGAGAGAGUGGUAUGGGCCAAUCUCCAGGACCAUCUCAUGACAUGUACCCAGGCAUGUUCUCCAGCACCCAGUCGAGUCGAAGUGGAUCCGCAACAGGUGCUGCCCCACUUCCUCAACCGUUGCCUGUGCAGGGUAGCCCACACCAUGCCCACAGCCAGUUACCGCAGAUCUCAGCGGUGGAUGACGGAAGCAAAGGGUUUACAGCCCCAUCUCCUCAUCACACCAGCCCAAGGAGAAUCCCUGCUCCCCCUUUCAUGAUGCAGAGCAGAAACCCUCAGCCACCCCACAUCCAGCAGAACUCACAGCCUUGCCUGAAACCCUACCAGACAAAUCCUCCAGUGCAACCCAAUGGCAUCCAUGUUCAAGGUUUUUAUGGGCAGUUACAGACAUUUUAUCCUCCUUCAUACAGUGAAGCACCAAGGACCAUACAGCACCAAGGUUCCCGUCACAUGAUGCCUGUACCCCCAUUUGAGGAUUGUCUAUUUCCCACAUCAAUGGACCAGGCAGGAUUAGAUGUUUUCCAUAGAGCACUGUCAGCUCAUUCUGGUAUCACAGUGUAUGACCUUUCCUCAGCUUCACAAGGAAUCUUUGGAGAAUCUGUGCGAAAUGUUGCUGAGGACCCCGGCUUCCUCCAAAUUAAUGCUGUUGACCGGUGUCCCAGUCAGCUUUCUUCUAUUUACACUGAAGGAUAGUAAUAGGAGGCCAUUUACUACUCCGAUCCUGAUCCAACACCUGGACUAACAGGUUUUCAUACAGAAGAGAGAACUUUGAUUCGCACACCAUAAAGAUUAUGAACACCUGCCAGUAUGCACUAAAUUGGAAUCGUGCGAUUUGUAAUUUAAGUGAAUAGAAAAAGGUUGCUGUCUAUAUAAUGCUUUUCUUGAGAUUACUAAAAGGUAAUACAAUGAUGGCAUCAAUUGUGUCUUCUUAAAAUUCCACAAUAAUUCUUCUGUUGAAUAUCUGUCUUUGUGGUGCUUUCAAAAGGGAAGAUAUUUUUUAUUAUUAAAAUAGAGAUUGGCAGAGGGUCCCCGAGUGGCUCAUCCAGUUAAAGCAUUGCCACUGGGAGCGCAGGAUGAGUCAUACAGCUUGGACAGCGCCGGUUCACGUCCAGGCUGUGCAAAGAGGCUGAACUUUGCUGGAGACCCCGAGUGGGGCGUCACAUUGGCUCUGAUGCUCCCGGUGUGGGCGAUGGGAAAUCGGCAGGGACUCCUCCUCAUUGUGCAACAGCGAACCCUACUGGCUAGAGAAAAAAACAUAAUUGGACAUUCCAAACUGGGGGAAAAUAAAUACAAAUAAUAAUCCAGAUGACACAAAGAGGUUACAGGUUACACUAUAGACAACAUUUUAAAGACAAAUGUGGCUUUCAAUAUUAAUAUUAUCUUCACUUGCAGUACAAAAAAAGUGAAAACACAAACAUCUCACAUGCUCAGUAUUAUUAUUAUUUGUUUAUUUAGCAGACGCCUUUAUCCGGUACACUGUAAUCAGUACAGUGUAAUCAAGUGCCUUAUUACAGACAUAAACUAUUAUAACCAACAUACACAUGCUAGAUUGCCCUAUACAACGCAUUUACAUAAUUCAAGUUACAAUACAGUUUCUUGUGCAUGUGUUAUUCAUUUAAGGACAACUUUAACAUAUUUAAUAUGUAGAGAUAUUUACUGUAGUACUCUGUAUGGCACGUCUGUAUAGGGUGCAUUGAGUGUACAAGGACAUAACCGCAGGUCGAGGAUUUAUAACUAUUGUUUGAAGUUGAAAUCUUUAUUUAAGCAUUUUACCACCGCAUGACAUUCAAUUAUUUAUAUAACCUAAGAAAAAACAUUGAGUGCAGUGUUAAAAUACAGAUUUCAGGAAAUCAUAAACUUUCAGCAGUUUAAGAAUGCGUGUAUUGUCAGUUUGUGGAACAGCAUAGUCAAAUCCCAAUCACUUACAAAUACAUAUAGAAUAAAUUAUAUUGUACUAAAGAUGACUUAUAAAAUGUUUUUUGUGCAUUUAUAAGGGUUAUACUUACCGUCAUUUCUGAUGCAAAUCACUGAAAAAUCAUCCUCCGAUAAGCCUUUGCAGUUCCCAUUCUGAAUCAUAUAAAUAAAAAAAUCAUGCAAAUUAAAAAAAAAAAAAAAUGUUGGGCUACUAACAGCCUUUGAUACAGGUACCCAUGCCCAACUUCUAUACAGUAAAUACUGUCAACAAAAGUUGUAGCAAAAACAUUUAUUGUCCAGCCUCUGCUUGUAUGGCUAAACAGAAAAACAUCUUAUUAAGUAUUUGUUUCACAUUAACAGUAACCUCCUACACUGCCUCAUUCACUCCUGGAAGCUCUACAGGCCACUCCAAUCACUUCUAUUUUUCAUAGCUUAGGUAAUCAUUUAUUAUAAAGUACCUUUAAAAAAUGCUUGUAAAAAGCAAUUUAUACUGUACUUUGUACAAAGCACUUUUCAAAGGUCAAAAUGUUUUUUCACCUAAUAUAUUUAGUGACUUUACAUUUUAAUUAAGAUUUUGACUACAGAUAUAAGGCUUAUCUAUGGGUAGUUUUUAUAGUAGCACACCCACUGAAUAUUGUGCUUUAUAUAUUUCCCCAAAAGAUUCAGGCAUGGUAAUAGUUAAUAUUAAUUUGUAUAGUACCGUAAAAUUAGGUAGCAUUGGACAAUUUGACAACAUUUUUGUAAUAACUUUGAUGUAAUUAAUCUUUUGAAACUAAAUGUGUGAUAUAUUUACAGGUAUACCUGGGGGCUACAUAAUAGUGUAUAAACAUAAAUCAUAUCACGUGACUAAAGGUCUUACUUUCUUUAUUGAAAAUCUGUCCAAUAUUCCAGAGCUUCGUGCAGACUUUGGACACACUUACAAAAACUUGAAAUAAACACUUAAUAAUUUCAACAUUAGACAAAAAAACCUACCAGUGCAGUUAAACUCCACAGAAAAAUAAAAAAUCUUGCAGUUGUUGCCAAAAAACGAUUUACAUAAAACUUGAAAAUAGAUCAAAUAAGCACUGAAAAAAACUAACAAAAAAACAACCAGAAGUCCUACUUAAGAUCCUUAGCAUUACAUUACAGCACAUACACACUUAAUCCUAAGUGGUGUAAUAUGAAGCCAUUUGCAGCUACACGAUUCUUUCUUUGUCAGGGUAAUUAGUACAUAUAUUUAGGAAAAGUCAGGAAAGCACAGCUCCGUAUCUUAAACACACGCAUAGCAAUUUAAAUCUAAAUUCCACAAACGGUCAAAAUGACCGCCUUGGUCGUUCUAGUGUUAAAUGUCUACAUACCUCUGAAGAAGAGACUUUGAAAGUGUAACUUCAAGAAUGAGGCGUUAUUUACAAAUCAGAGGAGUCAACAAGUAGACGGUACCAAUACUAUAUGCAAGUUUUUGAUGCUUCGUUCCAUUUCUGAUGGCAAAAUUAAAUCUUAAUUCACACAGAACAACCAUCUUGAAGCUGAAACACAAGAACAUAAGAAAGUUUACAAAUGAGAGAAGGCCAUUCGGCCCAUCUUGCUUGUUUGGUUGUUAGUAGCUUAUUGAUCCCAGAACCUCAUCAAGCAGUUUCUUGAAGGAUCCCAGGGUGUCAGCUUCAACAACACUCCCUUUCUCAAUAAUCUGUUUGUGCAGCGCUGGGUAGCAGGGCUGCUGGUCAGCACAGUGUCCACACCGGCCGACACCACGUCCAUCCAGCAACAGAAAGCAAGAACAGUUGGAGUUGGUUUCAGACAAUUCUCUGUGUAAAAAAGUGCCUCCUAUUUUCUGUUCUGAAUGCCCCUUUAUCUAAUCUCCAUUUGUGACCCCUGGUCCUUGUUUCUUUUUUCAGGUCGAAAAAGUCCCUUGGGUCAACAUUGUCAAUACAUUUUAGAAUUUUGAAUGCUUGAAUCAGAUCGCUGCAUUGUUCAAGACUGAAUAGAUUCAAUUCUUUGAGCCUGUCUGCAUAUGACAUGCCUUUUAAAUCCAGAAUAAUUCUGGUCGCACUUCUUUGCACUCUAUCUAGAGCAGCAAUAUCCUUUUUGUAGCGAGGUGACCAGGACUGAACACAGUAUUCUAGAUGAGGUCUUGCUAAUGCAUUGUAAAGUUUUAACAUUACUUCCCUUGAUUUAAAUUCAACACUUUUCACUAUAUAUAUGAGCAUCUUGUUGGCCUUUUUUUAUAGCUUCCCCACAUUGUCUAGAUGACAUUUCUGAGUCAACAUAAACUCCUAGGUCUUUUUCAUAGUUCCCUUCUUCAAUUUCAGUAUCUCCCAUAUUAUAUUUAUAAUGCACAUUUUUAUUGCCUGCAUGCAGUACCUUACACUUUUCUCUGUUAAAUGUAAUUUGCCAUGUGUCUGCCCAGUUCUAGAUCAUUUUGAAUGACCUUUGCUGCUGCAACAGUGUUUGCCACUCCUCCUAUUUUUGUGUGGUCUGCAAAUUUAACAAGUUUGCUUACUAUACCAGAAUCUAAGUUAUUAAUGUAGCUGAUCCCUGUGGUACUCCACUGGUUACCUCGCUCCAUUCUGAGGUUUCUCCUCUAAUCAGUACUUUCUGUUUUCUAGAAGUUAACCACUCCCUAAUCCAUUUACAUGCUUUUCCUUGAAUCCCUACUGCGUUCAGUUUGAGAAUUAAUCUUUUAUGCAGGAUUUUGUCAAAAGCUUUCUGGAAAUCUAAAUAAACCAUGUCGUAUGCUUUGCAAUUAUCCAUUGUCGAUGUUGCAUCCUCAAAAAAGACAAGCAGGUUAGUUAGAAACAAUCUUCCUUUCCUAAAACCAUGCUGACUGUCUCCCAGGAUACUGUUACCAUAUAGGUAAUUUUCCAUUUUUGAUCUUAUUAUAGUUUCCAUAAGUUUACAUAUAAUAGAAGUCAGGCUUAUUGGUCUGUAGUUACCUGGUUCGGUUUGUCUCCCUUUUUGUGGAUCAGUAUUAUGUUUGCAAUUUUCCAGUCUGUCGGUACAACCCUUGUGUCAAGAGACUGUUGCAUGAUCUUGGUUAACGGAUUGUAAAUAACUUCUUUCAUUUAUUUGAGUACUAUUGGGAGGAUCUCAUCCGGCCCAGGGGAUUUGUUUAUUUUAAGAGCUCCUGGUCUCUUUAACACUUCUGCCUCUGUUAUGCCAAAGUUAUUUAAAACUGGAUAGGAACAGGUCAACAUGUGGCGCAUGUUGCCCGUAUCCUCCUUUGUAAAAACUUGUGAAAAGUAAUCAUUUAAUAUAUUUGCUAUUUUUUCUCUUCAUCUAUGAUUUUGCCAUUUGUAUCUCUUAGACAUUUAUAACCUCAUCUUUGAAUGUUCUCUUUCUGUUAUAAUAUUGGAAAAACAUUUUGGAAUUGGUUUUAGCCCCCUUAGCAAUGCUCAUUUCUAUCUCUCUCUUGGCCUUUUUAACUUCCUUGACUUGUAUUUGCAGUUCCAAGUACUCUUUCUGUGUAUUUUGUUUUUGGUCCCUUUUAAACGCUCUGUAAAAUGCCUUUUUUUCUCUGAAUAUUUUGGCCAUUUUGUUUUAGAUUUAGAUUUGUCUACUUUUGGGAUGUAAUUGUUUUGCACCUCUGUACUACAUUUUAAAAAACAGCCAUCCUUUUUCCGUGGAUGUUUUCUCUAUUUUAUUCCAAUCUACUUCUGUUAGUCUCUGUUUCAUUCCUUCAUAGUUUGGCUUCCUAAAAUGUAAACCUUAGCUUUAGUCAUUACUUUUGGGGUUUUAAAAAGCACUUCAAAUGAGACCAUGUUGUGGUCUGAGUUUGCCAAUGGUUCUCUGACCUUAUUUGAGUUAUUCUGUCUUCGUUAUUUGAAAAGACUAAAUCAAGGCAUGCCUCCCCUCCAGUCAGUGCCUUGACAAAUUGCGUAAGGAAGCAGUAAUUUGUCAUUUCUAGUAUUUCAAUUUCGUCUGUCGUGCUCCCUACCGGGUUCUCCCAUUUUAUAUGGGGGAAGUUGAAAUCCCCCAUUAAUAUGGCUUCUCCUUUGCUGCAGGCAUUUCUAAUAAGUGCAGUCUGUCCCACCUAUAUAGAUAGUCCUUGUUGUUAAAUGUGGUCCAGUGUUCAAGGAAGGUGAAGCUUUCCUGUGUGCACCACAUUUUCAGCUAUGCGUUUAGAUUAAUUAUUUCCAGCUGUCCGUAUACUCCUUUGCAAGGUGCCGGCAGUAUCCCAGAAGUUUUGGUCUUGUCUUUUAAUUUCCUUCCUAGCUCUCUGAAUUUGUUUAGAAGGAUUUUGGCCUGUCUCUUCCAAUGUUGUUUGUACCAUCUCCUGUUUAUGUUCGUUCGCUGUGUUUCUCAGUAUGGAGUCCCCAACAAUCAUGACCUCCCUUCUUUUUGCUGUCUGGCCAGCACUGUUUAUAGGGUCCUGGAUGUUGUUCCUUUUGUUCUCUUUAUGUUGGUUUUGAUCAUCUAAAUUUUGAAGUGUCGCAAAUUUGUUUGAUGUUUUGAUUUCUGGUGGUUAUGUUUGAUGAAGUUUCUUUUUUCCCUGCCUCUGCCUACCUGAACCCAGCUGUUUUGACCCUCUUCUAUCUCCCUGGUGGCUUUCAGUCUGUUAGGGGUGCAGACUUCCAAGAAUUAUGGGUGUGCCAGCUCCUCAAGCUCCUGUUGCUGUCUCAUUUCCUGCAGCUCCAUUUCUAGCAUACUUACUAGUUUAAGCAAGUCCUGGAUCAUGCAGCACUUUACACAGUCUUGAAUAAAGACGACUACGUUGUGAUCUGAUUCAAGCAUUCAAAAUCCUAAAAGGUUUAGACAAUGUCGACCCAAGGGACUUUUUUGACCUGAAAAAAGAAACAAGGGCCAGGUGUCACAAAUGGAGAUUAGAUCAUGGGGCAUUCAGAACAGAAAAUAGGAGGCACUUUUUUACACAGAGAAUUGUGAGGGUAUGGACCAACUCCUCAGUAAUGUUGUUGAAGCUGACACCCUGGGAUCCUUCAAGAAGCUGCUUGAUGAGAUUCUGGGAUCAAUAAGCUACUAACAACCAAACGAGCAAGAUGAGCUGAAUGGCCUCCUCUCGUUUGUAAACUUUCUUAUGUUCUUAUGUUCUUAUAUAUUAUUUAAAAAAAAAAUCCUGUCCUUAAUGUUUUUCAGAAAUGCUGCAAAUAUGACUUUUGAAAUUAGAAGCAGAGAACAUGCUUCAAAGUCUUUUUUAAUUACAUUUUUUGGCCAUUUUUCUGGGACUGGAAUUGAUUACUGGUGUCUGUGAAAUAGCUGUCAUAUAAAAAGCAGCACCUGGAUUGAAUAUGUUUAUGAUUGUAAUUCUGAUGGGAGUUCCCAUGAAUAAAUCAAAUAAAAUGUCAAGAAUUUGA